GGUGGAAGAGAGGUAGGAGAGGAAAAUGGCGAGUUGUUGCUGUGGGUUGUCCAGUGAUCCGUUGUAGUAACUGCGUGAACAGAGACAUAGACAAAGUGUGUGUUAAAUGUAGUUGUCGAAGAUAGUGAUCUGAAGUGCUGAAGACGACACCAUGACAGCAAAUAUGUAUAGAGUUGGAGAUUAUGUAUAUUUCGAGACAUCAUCUACUUCGCCAUAUCAAAUUAGGAGGAUAGAGGAAUUAAACAAGACGCCGAACGGAAACGUAGAAGCUAAAGUGAUGUGCUUCUUCAGGAGACGAGAUCUGCCAAAUACUCUAAUCAUGCUGGCUGACAAACACCAAUGUGCCUUAGAAGAGGAAUGUGACAGCCGUGACAAGGACCACCAGCUGUUGAAUGGAAAACAGCGUCAUCAGCUAAAGCAUAGAGAAUUAUUCCUGUCACGUCAGGUUGAAACGCUACCAGCCACACACAUUAGGGGGAAAUGUUCUGUUACCUUACUAAAUGAGACUGAGUCUUUGCUCAGCUAUCUCAAUAAAGACGAUACUUUCUUCUAUUGUCUGGUAUUUGAUCCAACACACAAAACACUUCUUGCAGACAAGGGGGAGAUAAGAGUCGGUAGCAGAUACCAAGCAGAACCAACACCUCUGCUUAGAGAAGAUGAAGAGGAUACAAGGAAUCUAGAAGAAUUAGAAACAUUGGUAUGGACACCAAAUCACCAUCUGAAUGAUAGGCAAAUUGACCAAUUUCUUGUAAUAUCGAGAUCAGUUGGAACCUUUGCACGGGCACUCGACUGUUCAAGUUCUGUGAAGCAGCCUAGUCUUCACAUGAGUGCAGCCGCAGCGUCAAGAGAUAUCACAUUGUUCCAUGCAAUGGAUACACUACACAAACAUUCAUACAAUUUAGCAGAAGCUAUUAGUUCACUGAUUCCAUCUACCGGUCCUGUACUAUGUCGUGAUGAAAUGGAAGAAUGGUCUGCAUCUGAGGCAAAUCUUUUUGAAGAGGCUCUUGAAAAAUAUGGAAAAGACUUCAAUGAUAUUCGGCAAGAUUUUCUUCCGUGGAAGACUUUGAAAAAUAUUAUAGAGUAUUAUUAUAUGUGGAAAACCACAGAUCGUUACGUGCAGCAGAAGCGGGUGAAAGCUGUCGAAGCAGAAUCUAAACUGAAACAGGUUUACAUUCCAAACUACAACAAACCCAAUCCAGCUGUAAUUAACAACAAUAAGAAUGUUGUUAAUGGUAGCAGUAAUGGUGAAGCUGCUGUUGGUGGGAAAGCCUGUGAAUCCUGCAGUGGUACUGUCUCAAGCCAGUGGUAUGCCUGGGGACCAUCGCACAUGCAGUGUAAACUGUGUCACAACUGUUGGCUGUAUUGGAAGAAGUAUGGUGGACUCAAAGUACCAUCAAGAAUUGGAGAAAAUGACCCUGACAGUAAAAAGAAGUCUGGAAACAUGUCUGAUGAUGAGAGGGCUCCAUCAAACUUGACUUCUCAUCGACCACACAGGUGUAGUUUAGUGAAUUGUGGAAAAGAGUUCAAACUGAAGGCACACUUGGCAAGGCACUAUGCCACAGCUCACGGUUUGGCAAUACGUUCUGGUUCACCGAGGCCCAUCAUGAAAACCCGCACAGCAUUUUACCUUUGCACGACUCCAUUGACGAGACUCUCUCGUCGCCUUUGCAGGCACAUUAUACAACCUCGCCAUGCAGCCAGAGCGCCUUUCUGGCCUAUCAAUGUUGCACACGUCAAGCAGGAAUGCCAGCUACAUAUGGGAGGGAAGACAAUGCUGGAACUGAAAGAGUUAAUGAGAUAUCGGAAAAAAGAGAGAGGUAGUGUAACAUACAUUGCAAACAGGUUGGGACAAUCAAAUCUUGUCACUCCUGAUUGGCUAAUCCUCACAGCCAAAGAUAUGCUGCCAAAACCUGAUCAUGUUUCUUUUCCAAAACCUCCAAAAGCACCAGACGGCACUCUCCUGUAUGAACGUGUCCCAAAUAAACCAGAAGCUGAAAAAGCUGCCCUCAAUAAUGUACCUGCACCUCUUCUGAAGCGGCGAGCUUACGAAGAAGUGAAUGGUAUGGAUGGUAUUGUUGUACCACAACCGGGCCCUCCUGCGAAACGACCCAACAAAGAAAUAGCACCUUCCCGAGGACCAGAAAACUUCCCACCUGUGGUGGGGCGAUCUGUCAUCAAUCACCUGAAUGGAAAACCCAAAAUGGCAACAAUGAUCCGUUCUGGUAGUGGUCGAAAGCAAGUAACAUCUUGGACAGAUGCACCAGAUGAUGUGUACUUUAGAUCCACAGAGGGUACCAAGAAAAUGAGAAGACAGUUGACGGGUACGGAACUGAGGCGGGCAGCCAGGAAACCGUGGAGAAAACUCAACUUCAAGGGGACAGAUGAAAUGGUGGUUAUUCUUGACUGACAAAAUGAUCCACAGACUCUCUGUUGUUAAAAUAAUUUAUACUUUUGAGAUGGGAGCCUGCUCUGCGAUUCAAGAUGGAUCUCGUGUUUGCUGCUGUAAUGCAGAUUUGUGUGCAUGAUUAGUUCAUUCAUGUGUACAUGCAUGAAUUUUGUGCUGUGAACUUCUGAAGACAUUUAAGUGAAGUGAAGUCCUGAAGAUAGUAACUUUCGCUGUACCAAAAUGUUCAGUUAUUAUUUACAAAAACUGCUGCACAAAUACUUGCCCACUGCCUACCUAGCAAGUGGUAGAACUGUAUGUGCUGAAACAGAUGGUGAUUUCUUGUACACAUUUUUCAGUGUGAAAUUGUCAAAACAGGUGCUAUUAUCGGACACCUUAUAAUUGGAAUAUGUGUAGCACAAAAGUGGUGUUUGUGUUUCCAUGCAGCCUUUCUCUGUUACAAACAGGCUGUCCAGAAGAGUGUUCUUUGUAAAGUGAAGGGUAUCAACGAUUUACCAUUCCUCUUACUACUCAUUACAAUAAGUUGCCACCUGAAUGUGAUAAUUUUUUUAUGUAAGUAACAUUUGAUGGUGGAAAAUUGUUAAAUUUUGCUCAUGAUUCACAUUUAUAACUUGAAGCACAAAUAAAAUUUAUACGUAAUUA